AUGAAGUCCGCUGCUGCUGCUUCCGUACUGCUUGGAGUCCUCGGCGUCCAUGCACAAUCUGCCGAUCUCUUCGUCCGGUUUAUGACCUACAACAUCCGCUGGGCCACUCCGAUCCCCGGCAUCAAUGAAGCCCCGUGGUCCGACCGCCGGCCCCGUCUGACGGCCCAGCUCAACUACGAAACCGCCGCCCGACCGGAGUCCUUGAUCUGCAUGCAGGAAGUUGUCGAGGAGCAACUGCUCGACAUCGCCGAAGAUCUCGGAUCCGCGUGGACCCACAUCGGCGUCGGCCGCGAUGACGGCGUCGCUGCCGGAGAGUUUUCGCCGAUUUUCUACCAGCCGGGCGCUUGGGACCUCGUGGAGAAUAAGACUUACUGGCUGAGCGAGACGCCCAGUGUGGUCGGAUCGGUCGGCUGGGACGCCGCUCUCCCACGCAUCGUCACGGUCGCCUCCUUCACCCAUGUGGAGUCGGGGUUUCCGCUGGUCUACAUGUGCACGCAUUUCGAUCACGUCGGUCAGACUGCGCGCGAGAACAGCGCCGAGCUUCUUGUUGGACUCGCGAAAGAGUGGGAAUCGUCUGCAGGGGAAGUCAAACCGGUGUUUCUUGGGGGCGACUUGAACAUCGAGCCCGACAACCCAGCUUACCAACUGUUGAUCGCGGAAGGCAACAUGCACGACACGCUCGAUGUCACCCCUGAGGCGCGCCGCACGGGGAACUCCAAAACGUACACGGCUUUCACGGAUGACAAGGCGGAUGACACGCUCAUCGACCACUUGUUCGUGCGGGAUCCGACGAUUAGAGGCAUGGAGUUCCUGGCGCAUGCCGUGCUCGCGAAUCGGUUUGAUGAUGGAGUGUUUAUCUCUGAUCACCGUCCUGUUGUUUCCGAUGUCAAGUUUCGAACCGGCUGA